AUGAUUGCAGCAGUGGAAUCGGUCAUUAAUCAGACGGAAGCGGCGGAGGAGACGAAGAACCUUAUCCGACACCAAGUGUCGUCCCUCCUUACGACUCACAGGCCGCGCGAAAUACUCCCGAAGGUCGAACGCGAUGCACUAAGAGAACUCAAGGCCGACAAGGACAUCGUCAUCGUGCCAGCGGACAAGGGGCGUUCCACCGUCGUACUUGACAGAACAGACUACCUUCAGAAGGCCAAAUACCUACUGGAGGAUCGCCAGUUUUUUGCCCCAUGUGAAACCAACCCCGUAAAGACGCUGACACGCAAAAUUAAUGCGACAUUGUUGGCACUGGAGAACUCGCGUGCAAUAACAGUGACCGACCGACGCAUAGCGAGAGCCCAAGAAACGGCCUUGGCCCGAUUCUAUGGUCUCCCCAAGGUGCACAAGGAAGGCGAUUACAACGAAGGUAAUAUCCUCAAACCCUGA